ACCCGUAUUGAUCUCUUGGAAUGGGAAUCACCAACCCCAAAAGAGGACUGCGCCUCAUGUCGGGCACUCGACUGCGACAUCAUUUUCGCACUUCUCUUCACAAUGGUCAUUGCCUGCUUGUUGGUGCUGAUUAUGGUGUUCUGGUUGAAAGGGCGUGCUACAGUACGAGGAUGUGUAUACACGUUUGUCGCGGGACCGAGGCAACGCGUAAAGUUGGAAUUUGAGCACUUUCAUCUUGCCGGCAGUUCUGAAAGCUGCGAAAUCGAAUAUGUAGAUAUUUAUUCGGAACUUGAACGAGUCGAAUCGGACCUCUUGUCGGCAUCACUCGGAGGGCGAUAUUGUGGUACUGUAUCGCCUCAUGUUAGAAUAAGCCUUCACCGCGUUCUCGUGCUUGUCUUUCAUUCCCGUGCUCGUGAAGUCGAUCGACAAUUCGGUUUCCGCGGACAGUACUCGUUCAUUCCCGACACUCAAUAUCAAGCCGGAACGCCACUUUACGGGGACACGGACGGCUGCAGCUUCAUCAUCGACGCGACGAAACGUAAAAAAGGCGCUAUCUUCUCACCGACAUAUCCUGGGACUUAUCCCAAUGUAUGUGGUCUACAACAACGCAUGGAAUUGUACUCGGUUGGAACGGACCUCCUUAUACAUUUCAACACCACCAAUCCAGCCAAGGCCGAUCCACGA